GAGUCUAUAGAAACCAGCUUCAUGCUUCUGCGCUCUCACACUCAGAUCAGCAAACACCAAACAUCAUCUUCUCCAGCACACAUUCAGACCGAGAGGAUGCAGACGGCACAACAUAGUCUCACCAAACAGAGACAGCAGCAGGCCAUGAUCCUGAGCAGAGAGGCAAAGGGAGGUCUGAACCUUGGGAAGAAGAUCAGCGUUCCCAGGGAUGUGAUGAUGGAGGAGCUGAACCUGAACACCAACAGAGGAUCCAUCAUGUUCCAGGAGCGCCAGAGGAGAGCGGAGAGGUUCACGCUGGAGAACUCAGCAGACGCUUCCUCCGUCUUACACAACAACAUGGAACAGAACCAGAACCACAUGACGACAGACAUGCAGGGAGGGAAAGAAAACCUGCUGUAUCCAGUGGUCAGUAAACACAGCCUCGUCAGCACCCUCAAGAACACCGUGGCCAAGAAGGGAAGCCCAAACAUCCUGGCACCAGACUACUCUGGACGGCUUAGAGAGAUCCCUCGAGAGACAUUCCCGAAGUCUUAUCGUUCACCAUGGCGAGAAGCUCUGGGAGAAGAUGAAGAGCUUCUGUCUUCACUCAACACUCAGAUAGAGGAACUGCACCAGAAACUCCCUCCGGCCAACUACAGGUGCUUUAACAGAGCUGCAGUGCCAUUUGGAGGACCUGUGCGCAGUCAGAGGGUGAUUCCUGUUAUGGGCUUUGAAGCUCUGGAGACUCCAAAUCUUUCUAGCUUGACCUUGGCCACCACGUCCAAACGACGCAACUUCAACAGAGCCCCGCGGGGAUGGGGCAUGGGCUACUCGCCCGAGUCGAAAGACCUGUGAGCUCAGGCGCUGACCCACACCUGUAACGUUAGAGGAAAAGACUGUCACGCCGUAAAGACUUGCGCUUGCACUUUCAGGCCGUCCCAUUCUGUUCCCUGCAGGUGAAAGGCCAGAGGAGAGCAGCUGGAAAACCUAAAUUAAACAUCAGAAUAAAGAGGAUUAGGGUGAGGAGAUGGUUUUAGCUCAGUGUUGGAUGACGGUUGUUCUCCUAAACCCUUAAAGGAAUAGUUCAGCCAAAAAUAACAACUUGCUAAAAGUUUUAUCCAUCCAAAGAUGUAGAUGAGUUUGUUAAUUCAUGGGAACAUAUUUGGAAAAAUUUAGCAAUACAUCACCUGCUCACCAGUGGAUCCUCUGCAGUGAAUGGGUGCCGUCAGAAUAAGUUGAGUAAAUGUUCAGCAAAUUGUCUUUUUGGAUUAACUAUUCCUUUAACACUGCUAUACAAUAAGAACUCAGUUUAAAUCUUAGAAGUAUUCAUAAUAGCCUUUGGCACUUCAUUAUUGUAGACAUGUGUUCACGGUAGUGUUUCAAGUGUGCAGCAGGGGUCCCUAAAAUGUAUCUAGACACUCUAAGCACAUGGAAAAUAUGUGUUUGAU